UUUUAGGAUAUUUUAUUUCAAUUUGGAGACGAAACAAACAACAUGGGAAAUGCCGGCUGUGGAGAAUCUUUUGAAAAAAUCAGAUUCAUCUGCGGAAAAGGUAGAUGUAGAACAUCAACAAAGAAUUCAAGGUGUUCCGGAGAAAGGAGAUCUGAGCUCUGGAAGAAGCCUGGCUCCAGAGGAAGUUGAUGGAAAGGAACUAUCAGAUAAACCUGGUUGCUUGCAUGACUUGGAUGUACCGAAUACAAGCGAACCAAGUGAAGAGCUGAUGGAAAUCGACGAAAUUAACUUAGAAGAUAUAAGCUGUCACGAAGAGCCGAUGGAGAUUGAUUUUGUUGUCGAAGAAUUGCAAGCUUUUCGUCGGGAACACUUUUUACAUCCUAAUCUGUUUGUCAAAAAUAAUGCACCGUUUUUUGAUACUGUUAAUAAUACGGGAGCCUGUGAAACAAGCGAAAAAGCUGGAAUGGUGCUUAUAGUUUUUGACACAAGCUGCCUUCUCCAAGACACAGCGUUGUUACCAAUGUGCACACAAAGAAUAUAUUGCUCACUUAUUCCAUAUACAGUUCUCCAGGAAUUAGAUGGCUUAAAGAAAGCGAAAUCUGACGAAUUGCGAUCUAAAGCCGUGAAAACAAUUGCUUAUCUACAUGAUUACAUUAAACGCGGAUGUAACUGUCUGUUCAUAGAAAGCACUUUUGAGGCCUCAAAUGGUUUGGAGGAAUUUGGAUGCCAAAACAAUGAUGAUAUAAUUUUGAAGUGUGCCUAUGUAACCACCAGGAAAUACGAGAAUGAACCGGUUCGUGUGGUAUUUGCCACAAAUGACAAAAAUCUUGCAGUGAAAGCAGCGGCACACAAUAUUGCAACAGCUGAUAGAAACGAUUUGUUGCAUUUAUUAGCAACUGGUCCACCGAAAGGUAAAGGUCAGCAGCUCGUAAUGAGAAAUGCUCCACAGAAAAUCUCACCGUCGGACUUCUCGUUCACUCUAGUUGAUAAGCCAUCAUCAUCGGCUGUUGAAACUAUGCUAGUUACUGCAUCUAAGAAAGUUAUGGAAUGUUCACCUGUACCAUCUGAAUGCCAUUCUUCCUCGCCGUCAUUUACAUUUAUUUCUCAAAAAAGGGAAAUCUCUUCGUAUGAUGGUUCAGUUUCAUCAACGCUGACCGCUGGCAAAAACCAAUCGCGGAAUUUCAUUCGUAGUAAAAAAGGAAGCUGUGGAACGUCAGGUUCAGUCGCACAUCAUGAGGUUCAUCAGUGGCGGUCAAUUCCCUAUUCAGUUCGAAAAGCAGGGAAAGAGGGUAGUGGAAAUGGUGGUAGAUUAUCUAAGAAGAGAAAAUUAUGUGAAUUAAAUGGACAUUCCAUGGAUGAUUUUUUGGAUAUAUUUGCCGAGCUUGUUCAGCAUCUUCAGUGCAGGAGAGACAAGAAAUCUAUUGAGGACACGAGGAGAAUUAACAAAGUUAUUGAUUCGUUCAUCGCAAAUGAGUCAUCCUCGCUGAGUGUUUUAGUCGAUAUGGUGUCGAAAUUUUACGAUUUUUAUGCAGAUCGUGAUGUUUUUAUAUCGGCGACCCAUUUCGAUAAAAAGCAGCUAACAAGUGAAUACGAAAAGGCAGCCAGCACAGUUAAAGAGAAGUUGCGCACAUUGCAAAAACAACUAGUCAUUCAUUCCAUAUCGCUUAAUAAUUAA